CAUCAAAAAACCUUCCAAAGAUCCAUAGUAAUCAAUUCAAUUAAGCUCGCUGAAGUAUAUCAUCAUUUCUAUUGAUGGCUUCCAAUAGCUACUUCAACUUCAUCAUCUGGUCAACCCUCCUAUUCUCUCUAGCAAGAACAGCGUUUUCCCAAAAUCUGUCCCCAUAUUUCUACCAAAAUGUGUGCCCUGAAGCUCUACCGACCAUCCGGCGCGUCGUGUGUGACGCCGUCAAACAAGAGCGCCGGAUGGGCGCUUCCUUACUUCGUCUUCAUUUCCACGAUUGUUUUGUUAACGGUUGUGAUGGAUCAAUUCUAUUGGAUUCUUCUUCCACCAUUGACAGUGAAAAGAACGCUGUGCCCAAUGCCAAUUCGGCUCGAGGGUUUGAAGUCAUUGACCGAAUCAAGUCGGAAGUAGAUAGUGUGUGUAAUGGCCCGGUCGUCUCUUGUGCCGACAUUUUGACCGUCGCUGCCCGGGACUCCGUAGUUGCGUUAGGAGGUCCUUCUUGGAUAGUGCCACUUGGGAGAAGGGAUUCCACCACCGCGAGUAGAACUACAGCAGACAAUGACAUUCCGGCACCAUUCAUGGAUUUGUCUGCAUUAAUAAGCUCUUUCACAAAGCAAGGGCUUGAUGUCAAAGAUUUGGUCGCACUUUCUGGUGGCCAUACUCUAGGAUUUGCCCAAUGUAAAAACUUCAGAGAUCACAUCUACAAUGACACAAACAUUGACAAGGGCUUUGCAGCACAACUUCAAAAUAUAUGUCCACGUGUUGGAGGUGAUUCAACCCUAGCUCCUCUAGACGAAGGUCCUGCCACUUUUGGUACAAAGUAUUUUAAUAACUUGGUGGUAAACAAAGGACUUCUACAUUCCGAUCAAGAAUUGUUAAAUGGUGGUCAGACUGAUAACCUGGUCCGAACAUAUGGAGGAAAUUAUCGCAUUUUUGCAAGUGACUUCGCUCAGUCUAUGGUUAAGUUGGGUAAUAUUAAACCACUGACUGGGAACAAUGGUCAAAUACGAACAAAUUGUAGGGUGGUGAACUAAACCGCAAUAGAUGUAAGUGUGAAUAUGUGAGAUCAAAUUCUGCAUUUAUUACAUUUAAAAAGAAUUUAUGAUGAUAUCCACAAAAGUGGGGAACUAAAUUCUUUACAUUAAUAUUUCUUGUUUUGGAAUGGGUGGAACUCAUUGAUUCAGUUGUAAUAAAUCAUUCUCUUUCAGAUCGGCAUUCUUUUCUUUCUAUUUUAUUCUUGAAACCCCUAAAUUAUUAUAAAAAAUUAGCAUAGCCUCAUAGGCAAC